AUGAGCUACUUGAAUUUUGCUCGGAAGAUUGACCUAGAGAAGUUCUAUCAGUUUGAAACAGUCGGAGUGCGAGCGCCCGAGUGUAGCUGUCCAGAAGAAACCAUGACCAGAGAAGGAAAGAAAGCAGUGGAUUUGUUUGAAUCAUCAUGUAAAAGGCUCGGUAGAAGAUACCUGAUUGGCCUCCCUUGGAAGAGAGAUCCGGCCAACCUUCCAAACAACUACCCACUUGCAAAACGACGCCUCGAAUCCCUUGAAAGAAGCUUAGCAAGAAAUCUCAGUAAAGCCAAGAGUUACGCGAACGCCAUUCUUGAGUAUGAAAAGAAUGGAUGGGCACAGAGAUUGACGGAUCUGGAGAUCAAGAAUACGAAAGGCCCUGUGUAUUACCUGCCUCACCAUGGUGUGUAUCGCCCAGAGAAAAGGAGCACUCCCCUGCGGAUUGUGUUUGAUCCUGCAUCCCCCUACCAAGGAGUUUCACUGAACUCUUUGCUGUACAAGGGUCCAUGUCUAAUCAGGAAUUUGCUUGGUGUUCUACUCCGCUUCAGAGAAGAAGCAGUCGCGUUUGCUGGGGACAUUUUGAAGAUGUUCCUACAAGUCUUAUUACCGGAAAGUGAUUGUCAGGUCCACAGAUUCCUUUGGAGAGACAUGGAAACGUCUCGAGAACCGUCAACCUAUGUUCUCCUUCGAGUUACCUUUGGCGAUAAACCAUCACCAGAUAUGGCGAGCUUUGUUAUGUUAAAGAUAGCGGAGGAACAUCCAGAGACUACUCCAGAAGCAUCAAAAAUCAUCGAGCGUGACAGAUACGUCGACGACCUGCUUCACUCGUGCCCAUCAAACACAGACGCUAUCCAGAGAAUCUCUGAUAUCGAGAAGAUUUUGAAUACUGGCAGUUUCCCAAUCAAAGAGUGGCAUUGUUCUUCGAAGAAAGUGCGAGAUUGUGUGUCUAAAGGUACCAAAGUGACGUCCCAGUUAAAUCCUGUUUCCCUUCCAACCACCGAAACUUCCAACCCUAAAGAAAGCGUCAAAGAAAAUAACCAAUUCAAUUUAGAUGGAGAGCAAGGAGUCAAAGCGCUAGGAGUUUCUUGGAAUCCAGUGACGGAUACCAUACAUUUCGAAGUGAAGGUGACACAAGCAGAGCCAUACACCAAGCGAGUGAUCCUGUCCAACAUCUCAAGAUUGUUCGACCCUUUAGGUCUUGCGUCGGUUGUGAGAUUUGGAAGAUGGAAAUGCAAUUGA